CAGGACCACGAGGAGGUGGGAGGCGGCGGCCGCCUGGGGACCCGCUCCGCGCCUCGUCCUCUCCGCCCCCUCCCCAGCCUUUCUCUCACCCUCUUCUCCCACACUCCGGGCCGGCGCCUCGGCUUUGUGCGAGGAGAUGGUGUAGCCCCCUGGCCGCCGAAGGAGGAGCCGAACACUUGUCUCCAGUCUCCGAGCUGCUCCCCACCCCUGGAGGAGAGACCCCCUCGGCUCGGCGCCUUCCGCGUCUCCCAGCUGGUGGGGAAGCCUCUACGCCGCCGGCACCAUGAGUGAACAGAGUAUCUGUCAGGCAAGAGCUGCUGUGAUGGUUUAUGAUGAUGCCAAUAAGAAGUGGGUGCCAGCUGGUGGCUCAACUGGGUUCAGCAGAGUUCAUAUCUAUCACCAUACAGGCAACAACACAUUCAGAGUGGUGGGCAGGAAGAUUCAGGACCAUCAGGUCGUGAUAAAUUGUGCCAUUCCUAAAGGAUUGAAGUACAAUCAAGCUACACAGACCUUCCACCAGUGGCGAGAUGCUAGACAGGUGUAUGGUCUCAACUUUGGCAGCAAAGAGGAUGCCAAUGUCUUCGCAAGUGCCAUGAUGCAUGCCUUAGAAGUGUUAAAUUCACAGGAAACAGGGCCAACAUUGCCUAGACAAAACUCGCAACUACCUGCUCAAGUUCAAAAUGGCCCAUCCCAAGAAGAAUUGGAAAUUCAGAGAAGACAACUGCAAGAACAGCAACGGCAAAAGGAGCUGGAGCGGGAAAGGCUGGAGCGAGAAAGAAUGGAAAGAGAAAGGUUGGAGAGAGAGAGGUUAGAAAGGGAAAGGCUGGAGAGGGAGCGACUGGAACAAGAACAGCUGGAGAGAGAGAGACAAGAACGGGAACGGCAGGAACGCCUGGAGCGGCAGGAACGCCUAGAUCGGGAGAGGCAAGAAAGACAAGAACGAGAGAGGCUAGAGAGACUGGAACGGGAGCGGCAAGAAAGGGAGCGACAAGAACAGUUAGAAAGGGAACAGCUGGAAUGGGAGAGAGAGCGCAGAAUAUCAAGUGCUGCUGCCCCUGCCUCUGUUGAGACUCCUCUAAACUCUGUGCUGGGAGACUCUUCUGCUUCUGAGCCAGGCUUGCAGGCAGCCUCUCAGCCGGCCGAGACUCCAGCCCAACAGGGCAUUGUCUUGGGACCACUUGCACCUCCACCUCCUCCACCACUCCCACCAGGGCCUGCACAGGCUUCAGUAGCACUCCCUCCUCCCCCAGGGCCCCCUCCACCUCCUCCACUCCCAUCCACUGGGCCUCCACCGCCCCCUCCUCCCCCUCCUCUCCCUAAUCAAGUACCCCCUCCUCCUCCACCACCUCCUGCCCCACCCCUCCCUGCAUCUGGAUUCUUUUUGGCAUCUGUGUCAGAAGACAAUCGCCCUUUAACUGGACUUGCAGCUGCAAUUGCCGGAGCAAAACUUAGGAAAGUGUCACGGAUGGAGGAUGCCUCUUUCCCAAGUGGAGGGAAUGCUAUUGGUGUGAACUCGGCCUCAUCUAAAGCAGAUACAGGCCGUGGAAAUGGACCCCUUCCUUUAGGGGGUAGUGGUUUAAUGGAAGAAAUGAGUGCCCUGCUGGCCAGGAGGAGAAGAAUUGCUGAAAAGGGAUCAACAGUAGAAACAGAACAGAAAGAGGACAAAGGUGAAGAUUCAGAGCCUGUAACUUCUAAGGCCUCUUCAACAAGUACACCUGAACCAACAAGAAAACCUUGGGAAAGAACAAAUACAAUGAAUGGCAGCAAGUCACCUGUUAUCUCCAGACGGGAUUCUCCAAGGAAAAAUCAGAUUGUUUUUGACAACAGGUCCUAUGAUUCAUUACACAGACCAAAAUCCACACCCUUAUCACAGCCCAGUGCCAAUGGAGUCCAGACGGAAGGACUUGACUAUGACAGGCUGAAGCAGGACAUUUUAGAUGAAAUGAGAAAGGAGUUAACAAAGCUAAAAGAAGAGCUCAUUGAUGCAAUCAGGCAGGAACUGAGCAAGUCAAAUACUGCAUAGAGGAACAGACUAAGGAGAGAUAGGACUUUAAUCUGAAGGAAAAAAAAUCCUACAAACAACAACUGUUCACAACAGCAAACCCCUACAUUUUAUGAGCUGUAAGAAGAAAAUGGAGACAAACAGAAGGAGGGAAAAUCCAACCUACUCUGAAAGCCUUCAAACAUUAUGACUCUGGCGAUAAGCUCUUUUCCCUCUCCGUUUGCUGCUUUUUUCUGGCCUUUACAACAGAAUGGAAGAGAAUCAUAUAAGAGUUCCUGUAACAGUUAUGCAGAAAAUACUAAAACCCAUCAGGCAAAAUCACCGUGCAUUGAAAUAUUUUCAUGUCAAGAUAAAAUUGCACAUUUUCCACAAUACAUUGCUAAAAUAAAGAGGAGAAAGGCUUAGGAAGUUUUUUUGCAGAGAGUGCUGGUAAAGAAUUGAGCAAGUUUGCUAUUGUAUUGUAAUGUUUCUCUCAGGUUUGUUCUUCCUAUCAUGUUUGAUAUUCCAUGAAUAAUUGAGAUCAGGCCUAUGUAAGUUAAGAUCAUAAUAAGUGGAACAAAUGGAAUUGUAAGUGCUUUCAAAGGGUAAUAUUUAUAAGAAAGUGUCCGAAAAAUGAUAUCUUCAGCUUGAGGAAUUUUAGAAUGAUAGGAAGUCUCUCAAGUUAGCCUUCAUGCAAUUUUAUAGAUUAAAACAUAAAAUUUGUCCAGAAUUUAAAGAUUUAGAUGCCUUCCUAAAUUGUUACAAUGCUUUACCAAAUCUAUGACUUCUACAUAACACAAACCAGUGGUCAAAUGUAAACACUAUAUUGUAGAUUUACUGUAGGUUUUCAACCUUUUUUAGAUUUAUGCAUGUGGACAUUUUUAUAAUGUAAUUACAAUCACCACAAAGUUAGCUUUUUUAAUUGCAGACAGUAAUGCAUGUCACACUAAUAUGUAGUGGCCUUUUCAAGGCCUAGUCCCAGGGAAAACAUUUUGUAGAGUAUAGGGGAGUGGGAGGAAGGGGAGGAAUAAUUUUUUAUUUGAACUUGAUUUCUGCACUGUCUUUUUCUCAGUUACCUGCAUGAAUAAUAAUGAGGAAUAUUUUGUGACUUUAAUUGGUAAAUAUGUUACAAAACCAAGUACUUAAUCUUUUACAUCAUGUCUUCAGCUAUUUGUAUUUUAACCAGUAAUUUCAAUGGUCUGAAACAUGAUUCAGAGCUUCACAUAAUAUCUUACUGUGGAACUCAAAAGUUUGAUCACUGAAUUUGGCAGUUAUUACUACCUAGGUCCCCUGCUGUUACACAGGUGUUUAGAUACAUGCUCCUGAAUGAAGCUGCUUUUGAAUUUUGUUAUGUUGAAAUGCAAGAAAUAACAAUGAUGGCAGCAAUUAAGGUCACAGAAAUCAUUAGGUAAAGGAAAACCAACAAGGAGUUCUGCAGUUUUCUUUUAAUAAGUAAAGUGAGACUUGAGGGUGGUGGGAAGAAGGAAUUAGACUCUCUGCCUGCCACCCUGUGUGUGUGUGCCCUCGCGCACAUGCUGUCUAUAUUGAAGCCACUUUUCUUUCCUUUGAAACUGGCAAGGUUAAAAUAAGGGAGAAAUCCUGUAUGUUGCAAUGAUAGCUUUUUGGAAAAUUUAAGAAAUCAAACUCUCCAGGCUCUCCAUCUUGAUUUAUGCUUGAGUGGUUAUGUGCCAUAUUUGCUUUGAACUCUGAUUAUCAGAAAUUUUACUAAAAUUUUGAAAUACUUCACUUUCAUCCGCUUUCUAGAUUUUGUACAUCUCUGUCCAUAAAGCAGAGCUUGUUGAUAGUGUAGUUUUCUAAAUGCUGCAAAUUUGCAGCAUUUACCACUACAAAGAAGUUUGGAUGAAGGUUUUUUUUUUCUUUAUUAAAAUAGUUCCUAUUUCUGUAGAAAUUUCACUUUUAGAUUAAACUGUGAUGGAUGAGCUAUCAUAAUUCAAGUAUACAUUUCUUUUUUCUAUCAUAUUCAUUGUCAUGCAGUAGUAGUAAAAACAUCAAAGAUGCAGCAAGCUUAUGACGUAUUUUCUAAAAGAAAUAGGAGGCAUUUUCAUCUUUAUUAUUGUACUUUUGGUUAUGCAAACACUUUGAUAAUAUAAUCAGUUAUGUCCCCUAUAAAUCUGGUCAGAAACCUCUUUUGAUUUUGUUGGGUAAGUUAAAUAGUCUAUAGUAGGUAGAGUACUGGGUACAAGUGGUCCAAACUAAGAUAAGAGACUAAAAUAAAAUGCUAAAUCUUAAAAGAAACUGGGUUUAUGCACUAAACGUUUUGUGCCUUGGUCUAAUAUUAACAUGAUGUCUGUGUAAAAUGACAAAAGAAAAAAAAAAACCAGUGUUGAAUCACACUAUAUUUUCCAUCAUCCCAGAUUGCUAAUUGUGUUCUUUCCAAGAAGUCUGAAUGAAUUAUUAUAUACAUUUGCUGUCACAUACAUGACAGUUGUGUCAUUAUUAGAGAUUUCAGUAAUUACAGUGGGAAACAGAAGCCUAAGUUCUUUACCUUAUCAAAACUAUGUUCCUGGAACCACAUUAUUAUGAUGGUUUUUGUGCUCUUGUACAUUGGAUGUCUUAAGCUGAGUACAGUUUAGGGGAUCCUUUCUCAUGACAGGAAGGUACUGCUUUCCUCAACACUGUGAUCUGACCUGUGACAAAUCUGUACUAUCCACUAUGUAAAUGGCUCACAAGUCAAUUGCAAACAAACUGAAUGUACAAAUCUUAGUGCUGGUGCUGAAAUCUCUUCGGAAUAGUCAUCAUGAUUUAAAAGUUUGUUUAAAAAUUUGCAAGCAUCAAGUGUCAAUCAAAACUGAAGAUGAAACACUAAUGAAUGUUGAAUUCUCAUGCUUUUUAGGUGUACUUCCUUCUUAGAAUUUUCAGUUUUCUAUUUUUACCGUAACUAUUUCGUUUAAAUUUGUUUCACUUCAAUUUCCUACAUGCUAACUUCGUUUGUGCGAUUGAAAUAAAAUUGCAGUAUAUAUGUGUUGCUUGUUUGUGACACUUAGAUAAUCUUCUGAAAUAAUUUGUUUUAAAGUAAGUUACAUUGGAUGUGAAAAACACCUUUUAAAGUCCAAGACUUUACUACUUAAAAGUUUACAUGUCACGUUACUACUCUUUAAAGAUUUCAUAGAAGUCGUGAAUACUAAGUAAUGUAUACAAAAGAAA